GCCACUCGUUCUCCAGCGGCAUGCUGGGCCUCUACGUCCUGGCACUGAGAGCCUCGUGUGUCGACCCUGCCAGGUCACCGAUCACACAAACACAUCCCCCAUCGACCUGGUCCGUCACGGACGCUCGCCCGGUGACAUCCUACUAUGAGGUGGCGCUGGCCCUGCUCGGCCUCUGCGAGAUCGGCUCCCCGGUGAGUGAGAUGGACGUCCAGGCUUUCUCGGACGCUGUGAGGAAGGGUUUCGUCACACAGGUCGGGAAGUUCCAGCCCGAGGACACCGUGAGGGACGCCCGGCUCAAGCUGACCCUGGAGCUGUACAGUGCGCGGACCGACCAGCACACCAUCGGCAACAUCUACAGCACCGGGCUGGCCGCGCAGGCCUUAUUCGCCAACGAGGAUAUCAUCCCGCCCGCAGUUUGGGGCGCCAGGGAGGUCCUGCAGGAGCUCGGAGCCCUGGCCGAGCUGGGGGCGUUCCAGGUCCCCGUCUCCGCCUCGCAGGUCCUCCCCGCCCUCCUCCGGAAGUCGUUUCUCGAUGCCGGCCGGAUACCCUGCUCCGCGACCGUUCAGUCUGGACCGGUGACGUACGGCCUGUCGGAGAUCUCGGUACGCUACACCGUGAAGAGAGAUGAGGGAUGCACGCACGCCUGCUCCCACUCCGUCGUCGUCACCGUCCCCGCAGGCUCGACCAUCCUGGACGUGAUGAAGGUGGCUGCGUUGAAAGACCCUGGGGACUUCAAAUUCUCCACAGAACGCUCUGCUUGGGGCGAAUACGUCGUCAGCAUCGGGGGUACUGAGGCCAACACCCGGGACAAGACCUACUGGCAGUUCCUCGUCGGUUCGCGCCCCAUUCCUGUAGGUGUGGCUGCCUACAAGCUUUCCGAUGGGGACCACGUCGUCGCCAAGUUCACCACGUAUUGACCGCCGUCGCGCGGAUCGGCCGUGUCCUCGCCUCCUCCUGAAUAAACUCUGAACGAAUCUCCC